UCUGUGCAUCAUGUUGAUCUUGAAAAAGUUGUUGCUUCUUUUAUCCGUGGUGCCGAUGGGACUGAGCUACCCUUUCUUCCCACCAACCUGCUACUCCAAGGCUCUCAACAUGGCACGGGAGCUCACCCAGAUGGCAGCUGACUUGAAGAUUGGCUAUGAAACCGGUCACUGUAUGGCGCAUAUGCCAGAACUUUACCUUGAUAUACAUAAUGCCUGUGUGAUGUACAAAAUGAGGGACUACAUCUCCCUGGUGGAAGACCUGAGACGGCGGCGCUGCGGUUACACCAGAGAAGUGAGGAAGCUGGAAGUCACUCUGCGGCAGCUCUUCAUUGUCAUGGGAGAGAAAUGCCAUGGGGACCUGGUGUUUACUAUCUAUGACUGUGCUGCGCUGGAGCGUCCAAACAAUCAGUACUGAAAAUCCACCAUUCUCAUCUGUCAAAGACAGCUUAAAGAAGUGGAAAGGGCAAAGUUUUAUGUUUUUCUUUUUACAUUGUGUUACAUUACACAAUAUAUGAAUUUUUUAAGGAAUUGUAAGAAAACUGGUGAUUUUAAAACAAAAAAUGGAAUGCUUCUGACUGUUACAAUAUAACAUAAAGCUAACAAAGUUUAUUUAAAUGUUCUUUUUGCAGUGCCUUGCAAAAGUAUCUGUUUUCUUUUACACUAUUUUGGAUUUUGUCACUUGCAACAUGCAUGGUUAUCAAUGUUUUUUUCACAAUGAAAAUCUAAAAUUUGUAUUUACAUCCAGCAUUUCUCUGAUCUUCUGUUCAAUAACCCAACAACUUCAGGUCCAUCAGAUAGAGUAAAAGUUAUUCUUCAUCAGUUUUCAUCUCAUUUAUUUGACAUUUAUUUGUUUGAAGGAUGACCACUUGGGAUAUAGCAUUUCAUUUUCAAGGGGAUCAUUGAGACAUAAUGGCAUAUCGUAAGACUGAAUGGAUUUGAAGGGUCGUUGUUCUGCUUAAAAGCACAUGUUUCCCUCAGGAAUGCCCCUAAUUUGGUUCACAUUAAUGCUGACCAGCUUUUCUGUCCCUGCUGCAGAAAACAUUUACACAUUGUGAUGCAACCAUUAUCCUGUUGGACUGUGUCCAGGGUUGUUUGAAUCCCCCCAUAUGAGACACAGAAGAUCGCAGUGGCCUAUUUAACACGACUUCUACAUUUGUGCCCUCAACAUUUCUCUCCAGGAGACUUUGAAUCAUUUGUAGGAGCAAAACUGAUGACGGCUCUGAUAGGUGAUCGUUACUCCUGCAAGCUAAAACCAAAUUACGUGCCAACAGUUUUUUGUCCACAAAGCGCCUGUACCCAGUUGGCAAAAAUGCAUUGUAGCAUCCAUGUGACAAUAUUUUAUCAAAAUUUAUAUAUCUAUAAAAAGUCUAUGGUAUUAUUGCUGCAUUAUUUUUACAUCUAAACUAAAUAAAACUAAAAUCUACUGUUACAGCUAAUUGUGGAUUCCCCCAAAAGCAGGGACAUUGUUUUAUAAGUUAGUCAGGAUUCAGGUUUAUCCAAAACUGUCUUUCUACAUUCGAUGGUCUUUGGUGUUCUUUAACAGCACAGCUGUGGGUGGACUGGAUUUGCUAAUGAGAUGACCCAGCAAUUCAGAUGACAAAAAUGGUUAUGCUUGCUUUUAUUUGACAAUACCAAAUAACAAGGAUGAGUAAAAAUACGUGUCAUGUUUUUAGAUUUAAUUUGAAAAAAUGAAAAAGAAAAAAAGGAAAGAAAACCUUCUCACAUCCUUUUCUUUCCACUUCACAACUGUUGGUCUAUUAAAUAAAACCACCUGAAAAAUACAGCCAGAUUAUGUCUAUAACUUGGCACAAUUUGAAAAAGUGAUAAUAAUACUUCUACAAUGCCUUAUAAUUACAGUUUAUAUGAUAAUUUGUAUCAAUGUAAGGAGAAUGAGAGUUUCUGGGAAAAGAAUAAAGUUGCGUUUUUCAUGUC